CUCAAUAUUAACAAUUUUUGAGCCUAAAUUUUUUACAACAAAAGAUAAGAAUAAACAGGAUCUCAAAUUUCGAUUUUGAGUGUGGAAAAUGUGCACGAAUUUUGCGCAAUUAUGUUAGGAGACGCUCUUACCAAGGCCGCCUGGGCCUUCAAAGAAGUUUCUCGAGCCAUACUGGGCUCCCCCGACGACUCCCGUUGGUCCAACCCCACCGACAUGGCGGGUCUCAAAGGGGCGCUGUGUCCUGUGCUGCUGCCGACAUCGCGAGCUACCGAUGAUGACGGCGGAAUCGAUCCAAGAUACCUUAGUGAAAAGUACCAACCUUCAUCGGUAUCUUCCCGGUCCAAGCGAGGCUCUAGGAAACUACGCAAGUCCCGGUCCUCUGACUGUCUUGAACCGAGGUCACGAUACUCAAGGGAGGAAUAUACCGUCGAAAUUGACCCUAAGAACGUGAUUGUGAAGGGACCGACCCAGACUAGUCGUUUAGGAGCUGAAGUAGUAACUGUGACAGAUGGUGUUCCUGUAGAAGACCUACAACCCGACACUUUCAACUCCGGUGACAAGAUCUACCCAAGUACUGUGUGCCAGAGGUUGGUGACAGUGACAACACCCGAUCAUCUGUCGAAUUCCCUGCGACUUUGCCACAGCAGUGAUGGUGACAGCGGUUUGGUCUCGUGCACCGAUAGUGAAAACUACAGGACUGGCAGCGGGCAAGGUUUAGCAGCGGUCCAUGGUGACAUCAACCUCAACCCAAACGAAGUUUAUUCCAGGAGGGGAAACUAUGCAGACACCGUUUCUUCUGGUUUCUCGCAGUCUUCCCACCCCAAUGGUUACCCCGGAACGCCCUCACCGUUCGAAUCUCCGCCUCGAAUGGACUCGGGUGACCACGAUGUCGAAACGGCAGCUCUACCUUAUUGUUCUAGACCUCCAGUUCCUUUUAGGCCAGUUUACCAAGACGAAAUAGGUGAUCCUGUUUUAGCACAGUCCCGUACCCCUGUAGCGUAUGACGUAUCCUCCCCUAACACACCACACGCAACUCCCCCGUGGGUGUUCACUAAGCGGGACGACAUAUCCUACAUGCCGAGGCGGUUUGCCUUACCUUCUGAACCCGUAGAAUUCAACGUGUUCAUGGACUCUCACAAUAUCCUCAAAGAUCCCUCUGAUAAGCGAUCGCCUCGACUCAGUGAUCCUUGCAACCCUUAUGAAGAAGUAAGCGUCACGGAUAAUCCUGCUGAUCCUUUAGGUCACGUCGAAGAUUACCAUUAUCCUCCUAGUGUCACUGAGACCCCAAGGUUCCAACAACAUGCCUACCAAACAUCUAAAAAAUUCCACUUUAAUUCUGUGCAAAAAAGUGCCAAGAAAGCAACCAACUCCCCGCGCAGUGCCUUCGUUUUCAAAUCUCGCGAGGACGACGACGAGUCACACGAGUACAACGUGACGGACGUGGUGCCGGAGGGGCACGACAAGGCAGCUCCCAGUCAGUUCGACCUCCUCAAGGUGCUGGGCCAGGGCUCCUUUGGCAAGGUGUUUUUGGUGCGCAAGAUCACAGGUCCCGACAAAGGCACCCUCUACGCCAUGAAGGUCCUCAAGAAAGCCACUCUCAAAGUACGGGACCGGCAGCGCACCAAGAUGGAGCGGGACAUCCUAGCGGAGGUGCGGCACCCGUUCGUGGUGAGCCUUCACUACGCCUUCCAGACCGAGGGCAAACUCUACCUCAUCCUGGACUUCCUGAGGGGCGGCGACCUCUUCACGCGCCUGUCCAAGGAGAUCAUGUUCACGGAGGACGACGUUAAGUUUUACCUCGCGGAGCUGGCGCUCGCCCUCAGCCACCUGCACAAGCUCGGCAUCAUCUACCGGGACCUCAAACCUGAGAAUAUUUUGUUGGACGCUGAAGGCCACAUUUCGCUCACGGACUUCGGUCUGUGCAAGGAGUCGCUGGCGGGGGAGAAAGCCUUCAGCUUCUGUGGCACCGUCGAGUACAUGGCGCCCGAGGUGGUCAACCGCAAGGGCCAUAACACCGCCGCCGACUGGUGGUCCUUCGGUGUCCUCCUGUUUGAGAUGCUGACAGGAGCGCUGCCGUUCCAAGGGAACAACCGCAAAGAGACGAUGAACCUCAUCCUUAAGGCCAAGCUCGGCAUGCCGCCGUACCUGAGCGCCGAGGCGCAGAGCCUCCUUAGGUGCCUCUUCAAGCGCAACGCAGCCAACCGCCUAGGCGCCGGUCCCGGGGGCGUGGAGAGCCUCAAGCAGCACGCCUUCUUCGCCCCCAUAGACUUCGAGCGUCUGUACAACAAGGAGCUCACGCCGCCCUUCCGCCCCGCCGUCAGCAGAGCCGACGACACAUUCUACUUCGACUCCGAGUUUACCGCCCGCACCCCCAGAGAUUCUCCAGGAGUGCCGGCCUCCGCCAACGCGCACCAGCUCUUCCGUGGCUUCAGUUACGUCGCCCCACUCGCUGAGGAAUCUGAUGACGUCCUGGACGCCCUGCCUCCCCACCCACCCCAGCCCCACGACCUGCACACCCGCCUCAAUAAGGUAUACGAGGACGAGCAGCGUGUGUACCUGGUGCUGGAGCUGCUGCAGGGUGGGGAGCUCCUCGACAAAAUCCUGCGGCAGAAGUUCUUCAGCGAGAAGGAGGCGUCCGCUGUCCUACAGACCCUCGCGUCUGCUGUCAGAUACCUCCACCACAACGGGGUGGUGCACCGAGACCUCAAGCCCUCCAACAUCAUGUACGCAGACGCCUCCUACGCCCCCGAGUCUCUGCGUAUCUGCGACUUGGGCUUCGCAAAGCAGCUGAGAUCAGAGACAGGACUCCUGAUGACUCCCUGCUACACCGCCUCCUUCGUGGCCCCUGAGGUCCUGAGGAAGCAAGGAUACGACGAGGCCUGUGACAUCUGGAGCCUUGGGGUGCUGCUCUACACCAUGUUGGCGGGGUCAUCCCCGUAUGCUACGGGUCCCCACGACACCCCCACGGCAAUCCUCACGCGGAUAGAGGAGGCAGACUACAGCCUCGACUCCGGCAACUGGACGAGCGUGUCCAGCGCUGCUAAGGACCUCGUAACGAAGAUGCUUCACGUUGACCCGAAGCAGCGUUUAACAGCUAGCCAGGUGUUGUCCCACCAGUGGCUGGUCAUGAGAGGAGAGUUGCCCUCACUCAAACUACACCUGCAGGAGGCCUCAGUCGUUAAAGGAGGUCUUUCUGCCACCUACAGGGCCCUGAAUAACUGCCCCCGCGCUCCUCAUUUGGGUCCGGUAGAAAACUCGGCGUUGGCAAUGCGCCGCAAAAGACAACAAUUUCCCAUAACAACGCAUCGGCCAAAGUCUUCGACCGAAGUCUGACAUUUAGUGCAAGCUCUAAACUUCCCCUUGCUCGUGUCGCCCACGCAACCUUGUCUUAACCAUGACGAGGAGCACGUCGGUGACAUGUCUGUGCCAAGCUUUUCUCUUGCCUCUGAAUCGCGAAUUGGAGGAAGAGAUCGGCCUUUUAGAGGCGACGAUUCCUUUUCCACUACCGAGAACCCCGACUGUAAUGGUGCCCUCGGGGGGCUCUAUGGUGGAGAGGGUGUUGGUGCUGUCACAAGCAUCAGCACUUCGCCUACCAAAGCUAACAUAGCAUUUGUGCAUUCUAGUGCUAGUGAUAAUAAUGAUAGAUUUAGUGAUAAUUUAGGAAACUGUGAAUACGUUCCCGGUGUGGGAACUUCUUCUGGAGUGACCGUGGCAUCCGGUGGCACUUUAUACCACGAUGCUAAUGGCAAAGUUGACUCUUGUCUCCACAUGGAAAUGUCCUCUAAGUCUCAAAGCGGUGCUGUACGUUUCUUCCCUUCUUCGUUUGUAAGUACCUGCCCCUUUAAUGGUUCUUCCUCGACCAUGAACUCAGGAAAUUACAAUGAAGGACCGUCAAUCAACUUCAUCCCAACCACCAAUGACGUAAUAGAAACUUCUCGUGUACAUCACGUAAAUUACGAAGCGUCUGUUGAACAAAUAGAAACGUCCUUCUUUGGACAUUCUGAGAAUAAGUUCGAUAAAACAUCAUUUUCUGAUAUUAGAAACUUAGCUUCUACUUCUGAAACCCCUGGAUGCUGUGAAAAUACUGCUUUAGAAAUCUUGCCUUUGGUCGUGGAAUCUUUGAACCGGUCUCAGCUUGCCGUCCCAGAAUUACCCCCGAGACCGGAUUCCAAUUGCUCGGCCAUGUCGGUGAGUUUCGUUUUCCCUGAUCCUCCCUCUGCGUCUGUAGAAGAUCAGUCCAGUUGCAGCCGGGAUCAAAAAUUGAUCGACUUCAUUGAGUUUAAUAACCGUAAGCUAUCGCUCUCUGAAAUAUCCAAGUCCAGUGUUGUCAAGAAAAAUAAGCCGCAGCUGCGAGGGUUGGAAAGUACCGCUAACACCUUGGCAGCUGGUGUCUCUAACGCUGAUAACUCCAUCCGUGGUAAGCAUGUGUAUAAAUUGGUUGGUAACUCUGGUAAGCUCGAGUCUGACGUGUCAACCCUCGUGAGGGAGAAAUCUCCCCACAACUCCGAAAUUAACCACUCACAGAAAAGAGGGGAAGAUACGCGAUCGAAACUUGACUCGAUUUUCUCACGAUUUUUCCCUAAAAGCAAAAACGGCAAGAAAAAAACUCAAGAUUCACGUGGUCUUCCACCAGUUUCAUCCUCCCCUUUUCUCCCUCUUCCAACUUCGCAGCAUUCGAGUUUGCACCAUCCUUCUUCUCCCUCUACAUCAUCGCAAUCUUCAAUGUGCCUGCCUUUGGACUCCAACGUCUACAACAACAACAAUAAUAACAAUAAUAACGAAGAAAAGAAUGGUGGUGCAUCGUUAUUUUCCACGUCAAAAAACAACAUUUGCAACAACAGUUACGAUGGCAACGCCAACAAAGCGUCGUGUCCCUCCAGCCGACCGGGGCCGGCGAAGCUUAGAAAGCCUUCCGUUGCCAGGUCCAGGUAUCGUAGGCGUCGCAAAAAUACUUCCAGCGUUUCAUAAAUAAAUCGAUACGCUUAUCCCUUUAUCCCUAUUUCAUUUAGUUUACAUCCUGUAUCAUUUCUUCUUGCAUUGUGUUUAGUUUCCCGCAUUGAAUAUUCAUUUUGGGAAAUAUAUAUUAAUAUUUGGAAGGAGAUUGUGUUAUCUUUGGCUGCAAUUUUUUUAUUAGACCGAAACUUUUUACGGUUUCGGAAUUGUCUGGCUUUUGUAGCUUUUUAUAUGCCUGGUGCUAUUGAAAUAAAACCUCUUUCAUAUGCCAGAAAGUCAUUGUCAAUGUAAGUGAGAAUCUCAGAUAAUUUCUGAUACGCUGUUGAGAACCAUUGGUUCGUGGGUCGAGAGUUUGGUGCACUGUGGACCAUCUUAGCCCGGGUUUUUAAGUAUUUUUUCAAGAAAAUUAUUUAAAUUCGCCGAUAUGGAAACGGCCUACACUAACCAUAUUGUUGCCUUUUCAUGUUAAUUACUCAGCAAAUAUUCCGUUUAAAAUGUCAUAUAAAUCGGUCCGAUGCUCGAAUGUAAGCAGUGAAAUUUUUGAAAGCGAUGGUUUUGUAUUCAUUUCUGAAAACCUCUUUUCAUUGUAAACUUAUUUCUUCAGAGCUUAUGGCAGAGCCUGCACUAACAUGUCAUGUCUGAACGAAUUAGGUGAUUCUGUUCAAACUGAUAUAAUUUUAUUGUGUUCUGUUUUAAAAAUCAUGAAAUGGAACAGUGCGAAUCAAGUUACCUGUUCAUGAGUUUUCGGCAAAAUUCAUGGAAAAGAAAAUCGCGUGACAAGUUUACUGUUCAUGAAUCUUGUUCGAUUGGUUUUCCAGGCAGCAGGAUGACAUUCUCAGGCCUGCCGCUUUUAUCUUCAAACUUUACAGUUAGGUCUAUUCUAUGCCUAAAGUUUGUUGUUCUACGCCCACUCUAUUCCAAGCCCAAGUCGAUUGUGAGCUCUGCACCACUUUCUCUCUGUCUACUCUCUUCUGUCCAGCUUUGCAGCACUCCACUCUAUUGUGUGCACCACUCUUUCCUUCACUCCACUCUA